CAUUGAGUAACAAUAUAACAAGUCGAGAAUCAAUAAUUGUAUCACACAAAUCCAAUUAAGUUUUUAAUUAACAAUAAUUAAUUGUGGUUUAAACAAACAGACUCACACAACUGGUUUUCUUAUGUUUUAAGACCUAACGGGAAACUAAUUGGAAUACCUACCUACCUACUUUGGAAUUUUGCUCUUUAAGAAUUUUUUAGCUUUCCGUGUGUCAUAAGGAUAGAAGUUUAAUACUGAACCAUAUAAAAACGUAUUGGUCCACUUUCUUUCAUCAGUGUGGUGUCUUCAACCCAAGUGCAUUGUCUACGGCUUGGUAAAUAAUAACUGAGAACAAAAAUCUUGGUUAUUGCUUGAACAGGUUUCGCCUAUCAAUUAGCCGAAUAUUGUUACCCUUGACACGCAAUAAUUGGUUACUCGAUUAAAGCUUGAAGAGGUAAAGUGUCGAAAUGACGCGCGCCAUUCUGUUUGUUGUUGUUUUAUGCUUUAUUGCAAAAUGCUAUGGAAAAACAUUCACGGAAUGUGAAUUAGUUCAGGAGCUAAGAAGGCAAGGAUUUCCUGAACAUGAGCUUAAAGAUUGGGUGUGUCUGAUCGAAGCGGAGAGUUCCAAACGAACCAACGCCAUUGGUAACGCCAAUUCAGAUGGCUCUCUCGACUAUGGCUUAUUCCAAAUCAAUAACCGCUACUGGUGCAGCGAUGGUGACCAUCCAGGCAAGGGAUGCAACAUACGCUGUAAAGAUCUGUUGCUGGAUGACAUCACAAUAGCGUCUCAGUGCGCUAAGACCAUUUUCGGUGUCCACGGAUUCAACGCCUGGGUCGCAUGGGUGAACAAAUGCAAAGGAAGGACCUUACCCAACCUUCACUGUUAGUUAUUUAUUGAGAAAACGUAACUAAGGUAUAUGGUUACUUAGUACCUAAAUAUAGGUAUUAGGCAUAUAUUGUCCACUCUCAUCUAAUUUUUACUUUUAUAUCAGUAUUUUUUUUAUUCCAGCUUUUCUUGUCAUUUAUUUGAAUUAUUUCUUUAGUCUUAAGAUUGCUAAAUAAAAUUGGAUAAAUAAUUACAAAAUA